AAGCAUUUAAUAUAUACAAGGAUAUACUCCAUUUAAUACACAUUAAACAUGGCUAUUCCAUUUGAAGGGUUGAUCCCAUACACCAUUAUGGCGGCCUUUUUCGGCCUUGCCGGACACGGGGUUGGAUUUAUAAGAUAUUGGGACAAUGGUUGGAAGAACGAUAGAUUUGACUUGGACCUGUUCGAUGAGAAGAUGAUGAAGAGAGACUUCUUAUUGACUGGUGUUAGAAGAGGUCAAACCAGUGAUGCUGUUGCUCCUGAAGCCUUCAAGACUAGCCAACCACAAUUAGAACAAUACUGGACUGCCAACAGAAACCAAUUCUUCCUCUUGAGAGAAAGAUUGUACAAGGGAUAUGUCACUGGAGAAUGGGACUUGUCGUAAGGUAACGGUUCAUAUUGAACUGAAGUCAUUGCAUUAUACUAAACUGGGUGUUCUUUGUAUGAGCACUCAUGACUGUGAACAAUAUUCUUUUUAUGGGUAUUAGUACAUGAUCAAAACAUUAAACGAAAUGGAUUAUAUAUUAGAGAUAACUCUUAAAUAAUAUGAAGUAAAAAAGAUAAAUAUAUAAGUAUUAU